AUAUUUUCACGCCAAAUACUUCAGUCUCAAGUCGAGGUUGCUUUCGCGUGGUUUGUUUCGAAUUAAUUUCUCUUCGCUUUAGUCGUGAAUAAGUGUUAAUCCAUCCCUAAAAUAGCAAAGUUCAAAAUGGUCAUUAAUUUUGCCGCUGGUCCAGCUAAAUUACCGGAGGAGGUACUGAAAGAGGCACAAGAAAAUUUGCUCAAUUGCAAUGGCACCGGCAUAUCAGUGAUGGAAAUGUCUCAUCGUUCAUCAAACUACGCAACGAUACAAGAAACAGCUAUCAAUGAUCUACGCGAGCUAUUGAAUAUUCCAUCAAACUACAAGAUACUGCUCAUGCAAGGCGGUGGCACUGGACAAUUCGCGGCUGUUUGUUUUAAUCUCAUAGGACGCACUGGUAUCGCUGAUUACGUCGUGACCGGUUCUUGGUCAGCCAAGGCAGCAAAGGAAGCUGAACAAUAUGGCAAGGUAAAUUUGGUAAUACCCAAAGCUGCAAAAUACACCACUGUACCUACACAAGACACUUGGAAACUCGAUCCAAAUGCCUCCUACAUUUACUACUGCGACAAUGAGACGGUCGAUGGCGUCGAAUUCGACUUCGUGCCCGAAACUACAAAUGGUGUGCCGCUGGUUUGUGAUAUGUCGUCGAAUUUCCUAUCACGUCCAGUUGAUGUCACGAAAUUCGGUCUCAUAUUCGCCGGUGCACAGAAAAAUAUUGGACCAGCCGGUGUGACGGUUGUUAUUGUACGUGAGGACCUCAUCGGACAGCACAUUAAGCAGACACCGUCGGUUUUGAAUUUCGCGCAAAUGGAUAAAAAUGCGUCAUUACUCAAUACGCCGCCAACUUUUUGCAUUUACUUGAUGGGUUUGGUAUUCAAGUGGAUUAAGCGUAACGGCGGCAUUGCAGGCAUGGAAAAAACAGCUGCAGCCAAAUCAAAGCUCAUUUACGAUGUAAUUGAGCAGUCGAAUGGCUUCUACAGCUGUCCGGUGGAGAAGCGUGUGCGCUCACGUAUGAAUGUACCGUUUCGCAUUGGCAGCAGCGAGGGUGUCGACGCCUUGGAAAAAGAGUUUUUGGCAAAGGCCGAGAGUCAGGGCAUGAUUCAAUUGAAGGGUCAUCGUUCAGUUGGCGGUAUUAGGGCUUCGCUGUACAACGCCAUCACUGUCGCCGAAGCCGAGCAGUUGGCUAAAUUACUGAAAGAGUUCGCGCAAAAUAAUAAAGUUAAAAAUUAAGAGGAGACUGAAUUUAAGAACACAAUAAUUGAAAUUUUUGUAUAGAUUCGUAAUAUUAAAUAUUGAUAUUUUAAGUAAACAA